CCCACCGUCUGCCGGCUUUUGGCGUGCGCACUUGAAGCAAACACAUCCAUCAUGCCACUCCACCUGUUGGGCAAAAAAUCAUGGAACGUCUACAAUCCCGCCAACAUAGCUCGCGUCAAGGCCGACGAAGCCGCCGCCGAUGCACGAGAGGCCGCGGAGGACCAACGUCGGCAAGAGCUAGAUGCCGCACGUCGAGCUGCUAUUCUGCGGGGUCAGACACCACCGCCACUACUAGAUGAGGAAAGUGUACGUGUAGAAGAGCCAGCAGGCAGAAGCGAUGGCCGUCAACGGAAGAGAAGGAAAUUGGCGGGCGAGGACGACACAGACAUGGACAUUCGACUAGCAGCCUCUGCUACAACGUCCAGCAAAGACGGGGAUAGUACCCACGUAAAAACAAUGAAGCUACGGAAACCUAACGAUGACGCCCCAUUACACGAUCCCACGGGCAACAUUAACCUUUUCCCUAUUGACUUGAAAGAGAUGGCUAAACGUGAAAAGAAUAUCGAAGCCGAAGAAAGGAAGAAGAAAAGAGAAAGAGUGCUAGAAGACCAGUAUACCAUGCGAUUUUCCAAUGCCGCUGGCAGAGCCGGUAGCCUGGAUCAGCCCUGGUACACGUCCCAACACCGACCAUCUUCUGAGCAUAAAGAUGGUGAAAUGGCGGUCGAAAAGUCUGAGCUUGAGGGUUUCAGCAACAAGGACGUUUGGGGUAACGAGGACCCACGACGCAAGCAAAGAGAGCAGGCGCGCAUAGUAUCUAGCGACCCCUUGGCAUUUAUGCAAAAGGCACAAGUUCAACUGAAGAAGACCAAGGAGGAAAGAAAGAAGUGGACAGAUGAGCGUGAGCGUGAGCUGAAAGAGCUGAGGGCGGCUCAGGAUGGAGAAGACAGGAGGCAUAGGCAUAGAAAGAGAAAGAGCCAGGUUGAAGGGGAUGACGACCGCUUGUCGCCUAGAGGCCAUCGAAGAGAAGGCCAGCAUUCGAGGCACAGAGAUGGCCAUGGUAGUCGCGAGAAGCGUCCCAGUCACGGCGCAGACGGGCAUACCCUAAUACCGGAGCACCGAUCUAAGCGGAGCUACGACGUGGACAGAGACCGCUAUGUCCGAAGGUCGCCGCAAAGACGCAAGUCUGAACGGGAUCGCGACGCUGGAAUGCGAAGAUCGAGACAAGCUGAUUAG